AAAGCCCCUGCCUCUUUCUCUCUCUCCUAUAAUUCUUGUUUGAGUGGAAGGAGAGGGAAAAGCUCAAAAAGGAAUACUAAGGAAAAGCAUGGGGAGAACUCCUUGCUGUGACAAAGCUAACGUCAAGAAAGGCCCAUGGUCACCUGAAGAAGACGCCAAGCUCAAGGCAUAUAUCGAGCAGCAUAGUACUGGUAGUAAUUGGAUCGCUUUGCCUCAGAAAAUUGGCCUUAAGAGAUGUGGGAAAAGCUGUCGCCUCAGAUGGUUAAACUAUCUCCGCCCCAAUAUUAAGCAUGGAGGGUUCUCCGAAGAAGAAGAUAGGAUUAUUUGCAGCCUCUAUAUCAGUAUUGGCAGCAGGUGGUCUAUUAUUGCUGCACAAUUACCGGGGAGGACUGAUAACGAUAUAAAGAACUAUUGGAACACGAGGCUUAAGAAGAAGCUUCUCGGCAAGCAACGCCAAGAGCAUCAGUCUCGUAGAGGCAACAGCUUAAAGCAAGCUCUCAAGAGAUCAGCUAAUGUGGGGGAUUCCAUGGUUCCAACUGAUAACAUCAACCAAAGCCCUUACUGGCCAGAGUUGCCUGUGCUAGCGGCGGAGCCGGAGGCGCCCUUACAACACUCAAGUACUCAAGAACAUCAAAUUGACCACCAAGCCUCGAUGAGAACAUUACUUAUCAAGUUUGGAGGAAGAUUUUCUGAUGAUGAUCAUGUGAUUAACGAUGGUACAACUCUUCAUCAGUUUCCUAACGACUCAUCCUCCACCGAUCAACAUCUUUAUGAGCAGACUGUCUACAUACCCUCUUCUUCCUCUUCUUCUCCCAUGGAUGCCUUGAACUUGAACAAUAACAUCGACGCUCAGUUUGUGAACUCUCAGUACACCAUGGAUGAAGCAAAUCUGCACAUGCAGCAAGGACAAAGCUGUACUUUUUCCUCAGAGAUCCAGGAAUUGGGAUAUAGCAACCCACAGAGAUUAGAUGGAAUGGAGUUCUUGUAUGGGGGAGAUAUGGUCAAUAAUAGAGCUGUGAAUCCUUGUGAAAGCAUUGGCUGGGCUGAUACAAGCUCCCUGAUUGGCUCUCCUUGUGCUUCAGAAUACGGAGUCAUACAACAAGGAAUGCUUCAAGAAUAUGCUUUUACUGAGAUGAGAUACCCAGGAGGAGCACAAUAGCAUAGCAAACGGUGGGUGUUGAAUCUAAGACGAAAAACCCUAAUAAUAAUCUCGUUGAGUUAUAUAUAUAUAUAUAUAUAUCUAUGCUUGCUUUCAUUGUUCGUGCUUAAUUAAUCAAUAGUGACUGUAAUUUAUAUUUUCUUUUAUACUGUGUUGUCAUACUCAUUAGCUUAUGCCGAUUGUUGAACUAGGGAAUUAUGAAGCGGUAAUCUCUAGUUUGUGCCAGAUGAUUUACUGAUG